AUGUCUCUAGAGAGCCCCGGAGCGCCGAGGCUCCGCUACCAUGAAAAACAUCUCUUUGAUCCACUUCUGGGCUGCGUCCGGAUAGUGCGAAUGAUCCACCUAGAGGGGUUGGCCCCCCUUCGCUUUGCAAGUUUCGGCACGGCGGCUCAGCCCUCGAACGUGGUCAUGCAGGACGCGCAAGGAAAGAGAAUCCCUGAGCGGGGCACGCGCGUUCUUGACCUGGACGUGCAGACCCUUGAGGGCGGCAAGGUGACGAUCAGGGAGAAGUUCGCCAUUGCAAAGAUUGAGGCGGUUAUCGUCUCGCUUGGGCGGCUAAUGCGGCAGGGCUGGUGCUUGGGGAGCUCCGAGGGCAGGCCGCACAUAGAGCAGCAUGGGAACCGCAUCCCGGUGAGAUUGCGGAGAAACACAUUGACGAUGAUGGCGGCAGAGCUGGACUUAGAGAAGCUGCUUUGGUCUGAGGAGGAUUGGCCCUACUUGGCUGCUUUUGUGAGGGCGGACGAGGCCAGCAGAAAGCCAAAGCCCGGGGACACGUGGAUCCAGCUCUUGACUCUGAGCACGGAGGCCUACGGAACCACACCAAGGCUUAUCUCCGAGAUCGAUGGCGACCUCGCCGGGCGGCGAGAUGCAAUUGUUCUUUUCCAUGUGGAGGAGCUGGCCAAGAGCUUGCUCACUGAGCCGGGCACCGUCUUCCAGAGCAUCGAGAAUGAAGGGGCCAGUCCAUACUUGCCCGAAGGCGAAGACACUGGAGGAGGAGCUGGACUUGGAGAAGAGGCCGAUGAGGUGAUGCAUGAGGGCGAGCCGAUGGCCAACGAGGAGCAUGGCGAUGAUGAGUUGGAGGGUGUUCGGUUGCACGUGGAGACGCCCCUCCGAACCCUCAAGUCAUUGUGUGACCGGCCCGGCUGGGCCUUUCCCACUCUGGGGGAAAAGCAAAAGUUCUACGACGCCUCAAAGAACAUCAUGAGGCAGCAAGAGCUACACAACAUCACGCACCAUCCCUUUCAACCGUGGUGUGAAGCAUGUGUGGUGGGCCGCAGCAAGCAAAGUCCGCACCGGAGUGCUGAGAAGGACCAAGGGCAGGAGGUGAAAGAGGAAACCAGGGCAACGCCGACCAUUCAGAUCGACUAUGCCUAUACCUUCACCAAGCAGAAGCACGAGGUGCAGAAGGGCGAGAGCAACCAAGAAGGUGGCAAUGAUGGCGAGCCGGAGCAAGACCAAAGGCCCGAGCAAGGGCAGCCCGAGGACAGGGAGAAGGCGGAGGACGACUACCAGAACCAGUACGGCCUCACCUUGGUGGGGGCUGAGUCCACUACAGGGUGGACAGUGGCAAUACCUAUUGCCCAGAAGGGAGCCACCUCCUUGAAGCGGGUGACGGAACACUUGGUCCGCCUCAGCAUGCUGAUCUCCCCGGGGGAGCCGAUAACGUUCCAGUGCGAUCCCGAAGCUCCUAUCAAGCAGGUGGUCAACGCAGUUGAAAGCUGCCGGUCGAGGCUGGGCCUUGCAACGCACAAGGUUUGGAUUCCCAGGGCGUCCCAUGCCUCGAACGGCUUGGCUGAGAAGGCUGUGAACAUCGUGCGGACCAACGCCCUGACCCUCAAGUCCUUCUUGGAGGCACGGAUUGGAGCAGCAGUGGAAGGACACCGUCACGUCUUCAGUUGGCUGAUGAGACAUGCCAGCUUCCUCUUUAACCGGUACGCGGUUUGUACUCGUGGCGCCCCACCGUUCGAGAUAGUCUUUGGGAGACGCUUCAAGGCCAAGAUGGUCCCGUUUGGGGAACUUAUCCUGUUCCAUCGGGCAAGCAAACACCGUGGUGAGCUACAGUGGCUUCGUGGAGUGUGGCUGGGGCUCAAUGAGCGGAAUGGAGCUCAUAUCCUCGGAACACCUGAAGGAGUUACCGAAAGCCGAAGCAUAAGACGUCUUCCUCGUGAACAACAAUGGUGCGCGGCAAGCGUCUUGGGCAUGCAAGGCUACCCGUGGGACUACAUGGGAAAAGCAAAGAGGAGAAGAGCCCUUUACCCAGGAGGCGGGGCCCACCGAGUUCCUCUUCUACCUGACAACGCAACCCUUGAGGAGCUCGCAAAGGCUGCUGGUCGGGCCGCGGCGGCAGAGAUUGCUGCAAACACACCUGUUCCACAGCAGGGCGGUGACGAGGCAGCUUCGGACCCGUCUUCAUCGCCGGGAACUUCCUCAACUACUUCCUCGCCCGAGCCUAUGGAUGACGGCGGCAGCCAAGCACAGCCAGAGCAGUCGCAACAGAACAGACAACAGGAGGGUGGCAUCGCAGACACACAGGGUGGUGUCCCAAAGCGUCCCACAGGCUCUUGCUGGACAGGCCUAGGGGAUCAGACCAAGGAGCAUGUUGGCUAUGACAAGUGGUCAGAUGAGCUGUGCGAGGCCAUGGCCGAAGAGGGCGAGAUGGCUGAAUGCUGGGAGCCAACAUGGGAUGCGGAUGCUGAGCAGCCUCCCGAUCCUUCUCCUGAGGACCUGGCGGUAAUCGACAGAAGGGCGGACUACGAGGAGCUGUCUAGGUUGCUGGAGAUGAAGGUUGCCAGACGACCCCAUGAAGGGGAAAAGUUCGAUGAGUACCCAAGGCUGACAACGAAGCUCGUGAGAGAUUGGAGGCGCAGGCCCACCUGGGUGAGACGCAGUCGCCUAGUCGCCAGAGAGUUGAAAUUUCUCUCAGAUUGGAGUGCCGAGAUGUUUGCCCCAGCAAGCACACUUGCAACCGUCCACAGCUUCAUCUCGUUGGCUCUUUCGAGGGGCCUAGAGGUGGCUGUUCUCGACGUCAAGGACGCUUAUCUCAACGCUGGCCAGCCACACCCCGUUGUUAUCGAGGUGGACCGCGGGAUCUUGGAAGAGGGCGGCACCGGCACCAUCGAGCUCAUCCUGGAGAAGCUUUUGCCGGGGCCAAGGAUAGGAGCUAGCGCUUGGUUUGGCUUCGCAAAGGACCUCCUCGCGGAAGCAAAGAUGGAGAACUAUGUGAAGGAGCCGACCCUGUUUCGCCACACCGACCCCACCAACGCCACAGGCCUCAUCCUGCACGCUGACGAUGGAAUGGUAGCAAGCACCCGGGAGGAGCGCGAGAAGUUGAUCAAGGUCAUGGGAUCCAAAGUGAAGGUGCAGGUCAGCGAGCCCCUCGUCAAUGUUGGUGACGAGGUGGAGUUCUUGAAGCGCAAGUCAAGUACGUUAUGGUCGAAGGCCCUGGUGAAGGUCGUGGGGGACAAAGUCAGGAGGAAAGACCCGCCGGCAGAUGCGAGCUUUGUGGAGGUCGACAACAGUGGUGAGCUUGGCCCUUCCCAGGCAAAGCUUUACAGAGAGUGUGUCGGCCGCCUCCUUUACUUGUCCCACACGAGACCGGACAUCCAGUUCGCAACUUGCGUCCUCAGCGGCCGCAUGCAGAGUCCAAGUACAAUGGCCUGGAAAAUGUUGCAACGCGUUGUUGGGUACUUGGCCAGCACGCCAGAAUUCGGCUUCAUGAUCCGCGGCGCCAAGGACGAGGCAUGCUAUGGCUAUGGUGGAAAAGGUUCCCUUCGUGAAGCCGGGACCCUGAUCGUCGAGAGCAUAAGAUUCGGCAUCUUCACGCUGGACUUCUUUGGGUUCAAAGUGCAGCUCAGGCCAAGGAGCUGGAAGUUGGAAUCGUCCCCGGGAGAACUCUUGUUCCUCAUGGGAGCAGUCACCCCGCAGCUCGAACCAUAUGGCGAAGAAGAGCGGGAAGCAGCGGUGCAAAAGCGGAACAUCGCAAAGGCCCUCAAGGAGAUGGGCACAAGCGGUGUGAAUGUGGCAAGGAUCAAGACCCUGAUCCCGCUCCUGGUGUUGAUGACCCAAGUUGUUAAUGUGGAGGGCCAGUUUCUGGGCUUGGGUCUGGCAUGGCUGGGCCCUUCACAGUGGACGGAAGCGAGAUCGUGGCACAGCUUGUGGCAACAGCAGCAGUGGGACUGUUGGAGAGGAAGUUGCGACAAGGAAGUGCAAGUGGACUUCAACGAGAGCAAGGCCGCAGCCGCAACACAAGCCAGCAUCCCAUUCAGAGUGGGACCUACAAAGGAGGAGAGGCUCUUCAUGGACGAGUACAUUGAGCGCUGCAAGCACUUGGAGCAGGUGCUGGGAGAGAAGUGCCGUGAAGUUGAGCAGUGCAGCGCAGCCCUUCGAGAGGUGAGAGGCGAAAACCGUGUCUUAGUCCAGAGGCUUGAGGCCUCACGUGGUCAGAGAUCUCCAGAGGAGAUAGCUGUGGCCACUUCAC